AAAUCCUCCCCAGAAACUCUGAUGAUCGUUGUAGAAAUGCUUUGAUUCACUGUGCAUAAGAGACAGGAAUGGAUAGUCAUUCUCUGUAAAGACCCUUUUCUUAAUAUUCACUGGUCGGGACGUGAGGCUGUCAGAGAGAGUUCUCCAAGGGGACACUUGACAAACCUGAUUCACUGAUGUCUGACAUGGCCUCUGUACAAUAUCAGGAGCCUCAGCAGUAUAUUUCCUUGGAUGGAAAUAGUUUAACAACAGAACAGCUUGUUCAGCUCGGUAAAGCAUGCUACAAAAUCAAGCUUACCCCAGAAGCUGAAAGGAGGGUCAAUGAAUCAAGGGACCUUGUAGAAAAAAUCAUCAAUAAAGAACAAGUGGUGUAUGGAAUAAACACAGGUUUUGGGAAGUUUGCCAGGACUGUUAUCCCCACUGAGAAGCUCAAAGAGCUGCAAGAGAACGUUAUCCUCUCCACAGCAGUGGGUGUCGGGGAUCCCUUGUCCCCAGAGAGAUCUCGGAUGCUGCUGGUUCUCCGGAUCAAUGUCCUCGCCAAAGGUUACAGUGGGAUCUCUUUAGAGACCCUCAAUCAAAUAAUCCAGGCAUUUAAUGCCUCCUGUCUCUCCUACGUCCCAGAGAAGGGGACAGUUGGUGCCAGUGGGGACCUUGCUCCCCUUGCCCAUCUUGCUCUGGGACUGAUUGGUGAAGGCAAAAUGUGGUCACCUAAAAGUGGCUGGGCAGAUGCUAAAUACGUUUUGCAAACUCAUGGUCUCCGGCCAAUUUCAUUGAAAGCUAAAGAGGGAGUGGCCCUGAUCAAUGGCACUCAGAUGAUCACGUCACUCGGUGCGGAGGCAGUGGAGAGAGCAACAGCAAUAGCCAGACAGGCAGAUAUUAUAGCAGCUCUCACUCUGGAAGCUCUGAAAGGCACCACCAAAGCCUUCGAUAGAGAUGUCCAUGACCUUCGACCUCACCCAGGCCAGAUUGAGGUAGCUGCUCGGUUCCGGUCAGUCUUGCAUUCCAGGGUUUAUCCAUCUGAAAUCGCAGAAAGCCACCAGUUCUGUGACCGUGUCCAGGAUGCCUAUAGCCUUCGUUGCUCCCCACAGGUCCACGGCGUGGCCAAUGAUACAAUCAAAUUUGUGAAAUCAAUUCUGGUGACUGAAAUGAACAGUGUAACUGAUAACCCAAUUGUGCUUGUGGACAGAGGUGAAGUUAUUUCAUGUGGGAAUUUCCAUGGUGAAUAUCCUGCGAAAGCCCUUGACUACCUGGCAAUCGGUGUACACGAACUGGCAUCAAUCAGUGAGAGGAGGAUCGAGAGACUGUGUAACCCGUCCCUGAGUGAACUGCCUGCCUUCCUGGUUAAUGAGGGGGGCCUGAACUGUGGCUUCAUGAUACCACACUGUACAGCGGCCGCAUUAGUUUCCGAGAACAAGGUGCUGUGUCAUCCAUCCUCUGUCGACUCUCUGUCCACCAGCGCUGCCACUGAGGACCAUGUCUCCAUGGGCGGAUGGGCUGCCAGGAAAGCGCUGAGAGUUAUUGAGCAUGUCGAGCAAGUUCUUGCAAUCGAGCUCCUUGCAGCAUGUCAGGCUCUUGAAUUCCUGCGUCCACUGCACACGACGGAGCCGUUGGAGAGGGUCUACAAGCUGGUUCGCUCAGUGGUGAAGCCUUUAGAUAAGGAUCGAUUUAUGGCCCCGGAUUUUGAAAUUGUUCAUCAGCUGCUGAUUGAGGAAAAGGUUUGGCAAACAGUACAACCAUAUAUUGAACACCAUGAGUCACCUCAAAUACCAGAAUAGACAGAGUACGGAGUCCAAGCAUUCCGUCAAUAGGUGUGAGCCACCAUAAUAAAUCACAACAUGAUCAGAAAUAUUAAUGAACAGUGACAGAGAUUUGCAGUAUCUGAAAAGGACAACUGAAAGGAAGCUGGACAUCUUGUAUAGUUUGAAGGUAUAGAGACUGUUAGCGUCCUGUCACAGCAAGAGUGAUGAUUCCUAAGAUUUUGCCUCUCAUUCCAGACUCUGUUCCAGGUAUUAAUGUUAAAAGUUCACUCGCAGGAUGUGGGCAUUGAACAUGGAACAUGGGCCAAUACAGCACAGGAACAGGCCUUUCAUGUCUAUGCUGACCAUAUGCUAUUCUCAACUUAUCCCAUCUGCCUGCUAUCUCUUCUUCCCCAAGGAAUUUUUGAAUACUUGAAAAUCCAAAGAGAAGAUGUUUGGAUUUUCACCAGUUUCCCCAUUUCCCCUCCCCCACAUUAUCCCAGUCCCAAGCCCUCUUGACCUGUCCAUCACCUUU